UCUGUCUCUGUCUCUCUCUCUCUCUCUCUCUCUCUCUCUCUCUCUCUCAGGAAGAAGAACCAGGACACGAUGGCUACUUCCACUCUCUUCACCUAUUCCAUGCAAAAGGGCAGCAUCCUCGCCCCCUCCACCUCCUUCCGUGGCCUCCGCCCCCUGAAGCCCACCGACUCCUCCCAGUUCCCCCAAACCCGAGCCAUCUCCAUCAAACCGGUACGUCCCGUCCGCAAGCCAGGUGGGAUCCGGGCCGAACUGAACCCGUCGCUGGUCAUCAGCCUCAGCACCGGCCUCUCCCUCUUCCUGGGCAGGUUCGUCUUCUUCAACUUCCAGCGCGAGAAUGUGGCGAAGCAGGGCCUGCCGGAGCAGAACGGCGUGACGCACUUCGAGGCCGGCGACACCCAGGCGAAGGAGUACGUGGGUCUGCUCAAGUCCAACGACCCCGUGGGGUUCAACAUCGUGGACGUGCUUGCAUGGGGAUCCAUCGGCCACAUCGUCGCCUACUACAUCCUUGCCACCUCCAGCAAUGGGUACGACCCCAAGUUCUUUGGUUGAGGGUGUCGCUGUUGAAUCAUGUAAGAACGCUUCUGGUUGUACAUUUUGCUCUCAUGAUCGAUCGUUUGGGGGUGUGAAGAUGGGAAGUUAAACAUGUGGUGUGGUCGUGGUGGUGAUGCAUUUCUUUCUAAUCAAUGGAAAAUUGCUAGCUUUGUUUCUUCUUCU